GUAAAUAUGUGGUGAUGUUUGACACGAGAAGAAGACGCUUCAAAAAUGGCAGCGUACAUCAGAGGCGUGAUAUGUCUCCUUUCCGUGGAGCGAAAUGCGCUGCUAAUGAGGGGGAGCGGUUUCACAGUGGAGUCUAAAAGGUACGUCCGUGGACUGAGAAGGAAACCCGUCAAAGUGUUGUUUCCCGACCGCAACACGGAGAAAAACGCCCGGCCGCCGGAGCCUCACACGUCGGACCCGGGCAUCAAGAGGGAGAGGGGGCCAAAAAUCACCUCCGUCUCCUCUAAAAAAGCUGACGACAGCGUCACUACCAAGUCCAGCCGGGACUUCAGAUCUGCCCUGGAGCAUCCUAAUGUCACCGCAAGUAAAGAUAAAUUGGGAGAUCUCCGCUACGAGAGGGCUUUCCCUGGGGAUAAAAGGCUGUCGAGGUUGGUGAGCAUUGCCCGCUCCAGGACAUUUCGAGAGCACCAGGGUAAAAUCUUACUGGAGGGCAGACGUCUGAUCUGUGAUGCCCUGGAGGCCGGUGCCAGUCCGCAGAUCGUCUUCUUCAGCACCGUGGAGCGGCUCAGCGAGCUGCCCCUGGACAAGCUGAAGAGGGCCACUCUCGUCAAAGUCAAGUUUGAGGACAUUAAGAUGUGGUCCGACCUGGUGGCCCCGCAGGGAGUCAUAGCGAUAUUUUCUCGCCCAGACCCGUCACGGCUGAAAUUCCCACAAACGGCUCAUUCGGUGCCGUUGUCGCUGAUAUGUGACAACAUCCGAGACCCUGGCAACCUUGGCACCAUUCUGCGAUGUGCUGCAGCUGCCGGGUGCCAUGAUGUCCUGCUCACCAAGGGUUGUGUGGACACUUGGGAGCCUAAAGUGUUACGUGCUGCAAUGGGAGCCCAUUUCCACCUUCCCAUCUAUCCCAGCUUGGGGUGGGAUGACAUUGAAAAACACCUCCCUAAACCUGUGACUGUCCAUGUGGCUGAUAACUCCUGUGGCUCAGAUCGAGCUGCAGAAGCAGCAGAUGCACAAGUUAAUGCAUCAUGCAAACCUUCCAAGGCAAGUGACUAUGGGUGGGUCAGCACAAAGCCUAAUAACAAAAAUAUGCACUAUGAGGAAUACAACUCUGACUUGGAUUCAGAUUCAGAUUCAGAUGGCGAAGAUGCUGGACUUUCACUUCCUAGAGUGGACACAAAACUGUACCAUGAGAACUGGGCGCAGAGUCCUACGGCUCUUGUGAUCGGUGGUGAGACACAUGGUCUGAGUCCAGAAUCGGUGGAGUUGGCUGCGAAAACCGCCGGCCACAGACUCUUUAUUCCUGUGGUUCCGGAGGUGGACAGUUUGAAUUCGGCCAUGGCAGCCAGCAUCCUUUUGUUCGAGGGCAGGAAACAACUGUUAAAACUAAUGGCCACUUCGGAAAGGAAAGGGAAACGUCAAGUAAAGCAACAGUCAUCAUAAUUUUCCCUGGAAAUGAGUGUGUAUGACUUCUAAUGUUCACGUUUUCCAUUAAAGAAGCCCACUUCUUACCUCAGACUGAAUUAAAUGGAUAGAUAAAGAAUUCCCAUUAUGUACCCUUUCCUGCUAAAAUAAAAUAGUGAGUGAAUUUAAA